AGUGACGACAGUGUGGGCGGAAGAGGCGCCGGCUGAGGGUCCUGGGACCGGCCUAGGAUUCGGCAACCGAGAUGGAGCUGAGUGCAGAGUACCUACGGGAGAAGCUACUGCGGGAAUUGGAAGCAGAACACGUGGAGGUGGAGGACACGACCCCCUCCCGCUGCGCUUCUAGUUUCCGAGUCCUUGUGGUCUCCUCCAAGUUCCAAGGGAAGCCGCUUCUGCAGAGACACAGGCUGGUGAAUACGUGCCUGGCGGAAGAGCUGCAGCAUAUCCACGCGUUAGAGCAGAAGACCCUGACCCCUGAGCAGUGGGACAAGGAGCGGCAGAAGUGAGGUGCCGAGCAGGGCAGGAGACCCCCACCUCCACAUUAAGACAUUAAAUUUCUGGUCUGUGGCUCGGCCCUUGCUGUGUGCCCUGCACGUGUGUGUGUGUGUGUGUGUGUGUGUUGUCUGUUUUUAUUUGUCCGUGUCAGUCUGUCCACCGGGCUUGUUGUGGGUGGAGUGAGGACCCUGGCGUUCUGGGCCCGGUUCAGUCCCUUCACCCCCUUGGGCGGUCCUCUUCCUUUCUGAGUCUCAGUUUUCUCAUCUGUAAAAUGAGAGUGUUGGACUACGUAGGGCGGCCCUAAGGUCCCCUUGGGCUCUGUUUCUGUGACUCUUUGGCCGAGGUGCCCAGAUUUGCCCCCUUAUCGGGGGUCCUGUGGGCCAGGGGACUGUGGUGCUUUCCUAGUUGCUGUUGACGAGUCAUCCACGUUUCCCCUUCCAGACCGCUGGGUAGGGAAUUACCUCCAGCCCCAGCUUCUUCUUGGCUUAUUUCCUCAAGCUUAAGUUACCAACUGGUGUACGGAGAAAUAACCCCCCAGCAGGGAUUUCCCAGCUGUCUAGCAGGCUGAAGCUUCUCAAGGGAAGUUCCUUGUACCCCUGAAAUCAUAUGCUUGGUUUCUUAAUGUUGUAACAGCAGCUCUGGGAACUAUGAGGUGGCCUGGAAAUUUUCCCUUUGAGCCUGGAGAGGUGGAGGACCAGGCUUUUCUCAUGCAAAGUCCUUGAAUUAUGCAUAACAUGUUAGAACUGAAGGCCAGUAUAGAAACUACGUACUCUAUGCCGUUAUUUAAAGAGGAAACAGACUCAGAAAGAGAAAAGGUUUUUUGAGGGGUUAUCAUGAAGCAGGUUAAUGGAGCCACGACUAGGACUCAGUUCUCCUGACUCAACACAGACUUCUUUACUGGAAAAGAAGAGUUUCUGCUGACUUCCACUUAUCCAAGCUUCAUCCUACUGUUCCUGUGGGCCACUUUCUCAGGUCCUAAACCACUGCAAGUUUCAUUAGCAUAUGAUUGGGAAAAGUGUUUCAAAAAAUUACUCUGAGCAUCAUGUAGUUAGUUAACAACCAGGCUUGUUCCUCAAUAACAAUUCAGAAAAUGACCUCCUUGCUAUGUUGGUUAGUUUCACUGAACUGCUUCUCCCCCACCCUUUUUAAUCUUUGGAAAUGAAAGUAAUGUAAAAAUAAAAGACAGCAAUUAAAAUAA